UGAAUAUAGAGAAUUAUUGGUCGGUUAUAUUGGUAAUCAUAUCAAUAUCGGAUCCUCUUUCAGGACAAGAAAUUGUAACAAUUUGUGAAAAUUACAACGCCUACCUACGAUGUCCCGUUGGGGCGGUUGUUGAUAUCAAAAUGGCAAACUAUGGACGGACAGAGAAUAGCGCAAUAUGUCCAGCAGCCUCCCAUUUGAUGAAUGAUUUGGACUGUCGGUCAUCUAAAUCAAAAGAAGAAGUAGAGAAAAAGUGUCACCUAAAAAGGCAAUGUCUCUUGGAAGCAACGAAUGAUAUUUUUGGAGAUCCAUGCGUUGGAACUUACAAGUACUUGAAUGUGGAAUUUACUUGUGUUUAUAUCAUUGUCUUUUAUGAAGGCAAUAUCGACGUACGCUUAGUCGUGGAACGCAAUUAUGCUCAUUGUGUCAGAAUUGUAUGGAAAGAAAUAUACGUGAGAAGACCACGUCCUACAUAUCUUGAAAACAGAAAUUUCAGUUACGUGCUGACAAAGACAAAAGAAGGAGGUAGUUCCAUUAUUAUUGUUUGUGAGAAUGAGCUUGCCUACCUCCGAUGUCCUGAUCCGGAGACCAUCCACAUCCUCAGCGCUAAUUAUGGAAGAACUGAGAAUAGUACCAUUUGUCCGGUUGAUCCUGAAUUCAUGACUGAUUUGAACUGUCAAACAUCUAACACUCAGAAAAUAGCAAUGUUGAUGUGUAACGGACGUAGAGAAUGUUCGUUGGAGGCAGCAAACGAUGUUUUUGGAGAUCCAUGUGUAGGGACUUACAAAUAUUUAUAUUUGGAAUUUGUUUGUGAGGACACCACUACUGCUUGAUUCGAAAUGUUCAUCAGUCUUUGUUUAAAACACAUAUGUAAACCGAUGCAUCAUAUCAUUACGGAGACACAUAAUUAUCUGAGUUUCAAUUAAAGGAAUAUGAUAAUUAUG